GGCGGACGUGUCGUGCAAGCGUCCCGCGGACGUGAGCUCUUCCGCGUAGAGUGCGGAAGCUGCGCAGUGGGGUCGAGUGAAAAAGGGCGGCGGUGUCAAAAUCGAUCGUGUUUUCGCAAGAUUUUGGAAGAGACUGAGGUGAAGCGAUUUAUAGUGUGUGAAAGCCGAGGAGAGGAAGAUGAACGAGCUGGAUAGCCUGAGGCAGGAGGCGGAGACGCUGAAGAAUGCCAUCAGGGACGCUAGGAAGGCGGCCUGCGAUACGAGCCUUGUGCAGGCCACCAACAAUCUGGAGCCCAUCGGCCGCAUCCAGAUGCGCACCAGGCGCACCCUGCGGGGCCACCUGGCCAAGAUCUACGCCAUGCACUGGGGCAGCGACUCCAGGAAUCUCGUGAGCGCGUCGCAGGACGGUAAGCUGAUUGUGUGGGACAGCCACACGGCGAACAAGGUGCACGCCAUUCCGCUCCGUAGCUCUUGGGUCAUGACCUGUGCGUACGCGCCGAGCGGCAGCUUCGUGGCCUGCGGCGGGCUGGACAACAUCUGCAGCAUCUACAGCCUGAAGAACCGCGAGGGCAAUGUGCGCGUGUCCCGCGAGCUGCCCGGCCACACGGGCUACUUGUCGUGCUGCCGCUUCCUGGACGACAACCAGAUCGUCACGAGCUCCGGGGACAUGUCGUGCGGCCUGUGGGACAUGGAGACGGGACAGCAGGUGGCGUCCUUCCUGGGGCACACGGGCGACGUGAUGGCGCUGAGCCUCAGCCCGCACGGGCGCGCCUUCGUGUCCGGCGCGUGCGACGCCAGCGCCAAGCUCUGGGACAUCCGCGACGGGCAGUGCAAGCAGACGUUCCCGGGCCACGAGAGCGACAUCAACGCCGUGACGUUCUUCCCCAACGGCUACGCCUUCGCCACGGGCUCCGACGACGCCACGUGCCGGCUGUUUGACAUCCGCGCCGACCAGGAGCUGGCCAUGUACAGCCACGACAACAUCAUCUGCGGCAUCACGUCCGUGGCGUUCUCCCGGAGCGGCCGCCUUCUGCUGGCCGGCUACGAUGACUUCAACUGCAACGUGUGGGACACGAUGAAGGCCGAGCGGUCGGGCAUCCUGGCCGGGCACGACAACCGCGUGUCGUGCCUGGGCGUCACUGAGAACGGCAUGGCCGUGGCCACGGGCUCGUGGGACUCAUUUUUGCGUGUAUGGAACUAAAGUAAUUGGCAAAUAAAACACAUUUCUUCAUGGAUCCAUUG